UGUGUGAGUGUGUCAAAAGUUGAGCACAAAACUAAGAGGUACUUACAAAUAAUGCCCUGGCUUUUAGCCUCUUCUUUUUUUAUAAAUAAGUUCCAACUCUUAUUCCUCUGUUCUACAAUCCUUACCCUCUAACUUUUCUCAAACUUCAGAAAUAAAAACGUACAAAUGGCAAAUCUUAUCAUCCAAUUUUCAACAACAAUCUUCCUCAUCACUUUUCUUUCCAUCGGAGCUGCAAAGACAGCCGCCAACGACCUUGUCCUAGACGUUGAAGGGAACCCACUCGAAGUAGGCUCAUCCUACUACGUCCGCACUGAACUGUCAAAAGUCGGAAUUGGGGGUGGCCUAGUCGCGGCAUCCAAACCAGACGAGCCUGAAUGCCCUCAAUACGUAGCUCAAUUAGCCGCAGGCUGGUACGGCGAAACCCCAAUAACAUUCCUACCAUCAAACCCAUCACAAAAACACAUCCACAUUUCCUCAGACCUCAACAUAAUGUUCAACACCUCAUCUAGCGUCUGCUCGCAAGGGGCAUGGGAGCUAACCCCCGAUGCCAACUCCGGUAAUCUCCACUUGUCUACCGGAGGUGGUAUUGGAAACCCGAGCCCUCAGACCGCAGCCAAUUGGUUCAAGAUAGAGAAAAGUAUUGCUAUUUCGGGCUGUUACCAACUCGAAUAUUGUCCGUCUAGUAGUACAAUCGAUGGGUUUGCAGCUAAGAAAGAUAUCGUAUGCGGCGCUAUCGAUGCUACUGAUGGCACAGAUGACGACCGCAUGUUGUGGUUAGGUCUAGUUCCAAGAAGGCCUGAUUUCUUCCACAUUUUAAGUUUCAUUAAAGCUUAAGUGUCGCGUUGUCUUCCUUGCUCCAAAGUACAUUGCUACGCAUGUAAUUCAAUAUAUAAAUAAUAAGAAGGUUGUAUGAAUAAGUAUAACAAUAAUGUAUGAUGUAUUAUCAACAACAAGAUUUUAUGUUGGAAAUUUAUCUUCAUUUGAGCACUUAA